AACUUUGGUCGGCCAUGUUGACAUCUUCGUAGGAAAAUUGCCGAUCCAUGGGUUAAUUAACAGAUCCAAUACGGGAAGUGGAAACUUUAUUUCACUAUGUUAUGACAUUGAAACAACUCAGAAAUAAUCGGUCUGUGCAACUAAAUACUUGGAUUCGAGCUGGAAACAAACCGUAGUGCAAAAGAGCAUUGACAUUGUGAAGGAAGUAGAUGAAAAUCGCAUUUUUGGUUGGUUUCCUUUGGAAUCCGUGAUACAUUGUGGUAAAAUUAGGGUUGGUGCCCUUCCGCUUCUAAGUACAGUUAAAGCUCUCAGUAUUGAUUUUGGUCGGUGAACAUUUCACAAAGAUGAGGAAACGACAAGGGAGGAGGUAGCAGACGACUGACUAAUGUGUUGGUUUGUGAGUCAGUCAUGAUGUCUGCCGAGGAGAGAUUGAAGAGGCUCGGACAGCUGUAUGUUGGAGGGGUGCAACAGAGCAAUGGCCAAGCCCUCAGCCUUGAGAGUCUCCUCGAUGUUCUUAUUGUUCUCUACGAUGAGUGCUGCAGUUCCACACUCCGACGAGAGAAGAAUAUAUCGGAGUUUGUCGAUUUCGCCAAACCAGUUGUCAACAAGAUCAAGCAGUACCGGCUCCACCGAGAUGAUUUUGAGACCAUCAGGAUCAUCGGCAGAGGUGCUUUUGGAGAGGUGGCAGUGGUUAAGUUGAAGUCGACAGACCAAGUUUUUGCUAUGAAAAUCCUCAACAAAUGGGAAAUGCUGAAACGAGCCGAAACGGCUUGUUUCAAAGAAGAGCGAGAUGUGUUAGUAUAUGGUGACCGCCACUGGAUCACAAAUCUCCAUUAUGCAUUUCAAGAUGACAACUUUCUGUUCCUUGUGAUGGACUAUUACUGUGGAGGGGACCUUCUAACACUGCUGAGCAAGUUUGAGGAUCGGCUUCCAGAAGACAUGGCCAAGUUCUACAUUGCUGAGAUGGUGUUGGCUAUUAGUUCUAUUCACAAGUUGUGCUAUGUGCAUCGGGAUAUAAAACCAGACAAUGUUCUCAUAGAUCAAAGUGGUCAUAUAGUGCUAGCUGACUUUGGUUCAUGUCUCCGGCUUCUGGAAGAUGGAACGGUGCAGUCUUCAGUGGCAGUUGGUACACCAGAUUAUAUCUCUCCAGAAAUUCUUCGGGCUAUGGAGGAUGGUCAUGGUCGGUAUGGCCCGGAGUGUGACUGGUGGUCGUUGGGAGUCUGUAUGUACGAGAUGUUGUAUGGAGAAACGCCUUUCUAUGCAGAAUCUCUUGUGGAAACCUAUGGCAAAAUCAUGAACCAUCAGACGCGGUUUGAAUUCCCUGACGAUGUAGAUGAUAUUUCCGACGAUGCCAAGGAACUGUUGAAGUUACUCAUAUGUGGUGCAGACAAAAGAUUAGGCAAAAAUGGUUUGGACGACUUCAAAAAUCAUCCCUGGUUUGAAGGCAUUGAUUGGGAGAAUAUUCGCACCAUGACGCCACCCUAUGUCCCUGAAGUGAGCAGCCCGACAGACACUUCCAAUUUUGAUGUUGAUGAUGCUGACUUCCGACACACUGAUUCGGUACCACCAAUAUCAAAUGCUGCUUUCAAAGGUCAUCAUCUUCCAUUUGUGGGAUUUUCCUUUACAUCCGAGUCACAAAUCUCAGAUCUUGGAACACUUCAAGAUGUUGGCGAGAUUGACACGGAGAAGUUGGAGUCCUUAGCAGCCGAAGCUUUCGAGCGAAAGAUAAAGGCUUUAGAUAAAGAAAAUAAAGAACUACAACGGAAAUUACAAGACACUAGUGUGACGAUACAGAAACUUAACAGUGGAGAGAUCAGCAGUACUGCUGCAGCGGCAGCUGCUGGUGCUGCCGAAUCUGAGGUUCGCCAACUCAAGGAGGAGAUAUCCGUGUUACAUAGAGUAGUCGCAGAGUCACAAACAGAAAUCAGUUCUGUUGAGCAGGAACUCAAACGGGCCAUGGACAGCAAACAUGACCUUGAAAAACGCAUCAGGCUUUUAGAUGAGGAAAAGUCGGCACUUGAAAAGGAACUCCAAGACUUCCGAGAAAAGUACAAACUACAAUCGAGAGAACUGAAGGAGGCUCUAGCUAAACAAAAGAUAGCUAUAGAACAAUACACAGAUUCAAACGACUCGUUAUUGAAAUCCCAAGCCAAGGUGAAGGAACUUACAAGGGAGUUCCGAAACAAAGAUGAGGAAAUGGAGGAGUACAAAAGGAAGGCAGAUAGCUUGAAAAAUGAACGGAGGAGAGCGGAAAAGUCAAUAUUGGAGCUACAAAAUCAAUCUGAUGAAUUUCGAUCCGAGGCAAGUAAGGAAAGGAAGCUGAAGGAGAGAGCAGAGACCUUCGCAAGGGAGUUAGAACAGGAAAUAGAAAGUAUGAAACGGAAACAACUAGGAAGGGCAUCCAACACAUCUACAUUAGAACUUACACAAGAAAUUUCAAGGUUAAAAACGGAUAUAGAACGAAAGGAGGUAGACAACGAGGAAAAAUUAGCUAGACUGUUGUCCAAACAGCAGACAGAACUUAGUGAUAGACAGUUUCAUAUGUCAGAACUCGAGUUAAAAACCAAAGAAACUACCAAAGAAAAUAUGACAUUAAAACAAAAACUUAGUAAUCAAGCUUCUGUGGAUGAAUUACAAGCAGAAUUACAAAGACUUAAGUUACAAUCGGAUCAUUCUGGUCGCGAACAAUCUGUGAUGCAAGAAGAAAACUCAAGAUUAAAGGAGGAAUUAGCAUUCCAAGAGUCUGCGCUGAAUUCCUUGGUACAGGAGAAGAACUCACUGGAACAGGAACUGCGAGACAUCUUCGAAAAGAGGGAGUCUGUCGCCCAAUGGGAAGCACAGAUUUCUGAAAUCAUCAAGUGGGUGAGCGACGAAAAAGAUGCCAGAGGUUACCUACAAGCUCUGGCUAGCAAAAUGACAGAGGAGUUAGAAAAUCUCAAAGUGAUGGGAGUGUCUGAUGAUUCGAAUCGGCAGCGGUGGCGGAACCGACGUUCCCAAAGACUCGAUAAGAUGGAGCUGCUGAACCUGCAGUCAAGUCUGCAGAGUGAGAUCCAAGCCAAACAACAAAUCAGUGAGGAACUCAACAAGGUCAAGGCCGCUAAUGUAGCCGGAGAGACUAAGAUCCUGGAACUGGAGGCUAUAAUUGACAAGCUUAAGAAGGAUCAAGAGGAUCUCCAGGAUGAUUUAAACAGAAUGGAGAGGCCUGGUGAUUCAAGUCUGAUGAACUUUUUUAAGGGUCAUUUUUCACUUCUAAAUGAUUCUGAGAACGAGAGCAUGGCCGAUGAGGACAGUGUAAGUGAGGAUGCUUUGUCAAGAGCAGACUCGCGGACAGACUCGCGGUCAGACUUACAAUUCGGUUCCGAGUCCACUAUUGACAAUAUACCACACGCCAACAUGCCUACAAACCCGGUGUCCACGUCGGAACAGGUGUACGACCAGCCCUGGGGUGCGAGUAAGGUGGGCUCAACGCCGCAGCAGAAGGUGCACAACUUCACCAUGAAAACAUUCACCACACCGUACAGGUGUAACCAGUGCACGUCGCUGAUGAUAGGCGUCCAGAGGCAGGGUACAAUGUGUGAAGAGUGUGGAUACACCUGCCAUGUACAUUGUAUGGAGAAGGCCCCAAAUGUCUGUCCUGUACCACCAGAUCAGACAAAGCGACGUUUAGGAAUAGAUGUAUAUAAGGGCAUAGGGACAGCCUAUGAAGGAUAUGUUCGUGUGCCAAGAUUUGGAGGAAUAAAGAAAGGAUGGGUCAAGCAGUUUGUUGUAGUCUGUGAUUUUAAAUUAUUUUUAUAUGACAACAUUUAUCCUGACCGGAAUUCUCCCAGUCAUAUAGUCCAGCAAAUCCUAGAUAUGAGAGAUGAGGAUUUUUCCGUCAGUCCAGUGCUACCUUCAGAUGUGAUACAUGCCAACAAAAAAGAUAUACCUUGCAUAUUUAGAGUAACAACUUCUGAGAUGAAUCCGCCAGGAAGUAAACAUCAAGUGCUGAUGUUAGCGGAAAGUGAACAGGAGCGACAUCGAUGGGUCGGUGCUCUCAAUGAACUGCACAAACUUCUACGCAAGAACAAACUGCCUGACAAAGUUGCCUUCCAAGCUCAGGAGGUGUAUGACAACUCCCUGUCUUUAGUGAAGAGUAGCUUGUCAGCUGUUAUCCUGGAACCUGACAGAAUCCUGAUGGGGACUGAAGAGGGGUUGUAUGUGGCACAGUUGAACAAAGACGUGCUGAUCCGCGUUGGAGACCGCAGUGAAAAGAAGACUGUGUAUCAGUUAGAACUGGUACUGGAGGAACAACUUGUGGUAUUCAUUAGUGGUCGACAGAAGCAUAUCAAAUUGCUGCACGUGUCUGCAUUAGAAGGCCAUGAUGGUGAUCCAGUUAAGAUCCCGGAGAGCAAGGGAUGCAGUGUGUUCUGUACAGGACUUAUCCGACAGAGCUGCUGCUCUUGUCUAUGUGUGGCUAUUAAGCGGACUAUACAGGUGUACGAACUCAACAAGACACGCCAGAAGCAUAGGAAAAUGAAAGACAUUCAGGUCCCGGGACAAGUGCAGUUUAUAGAAAUUAUGAAUGAAAGACUUUGUGUGGGAUACCCGUCAUACUUUGCAAUUUACAGUGUCACAGGUGAUGCCGCACCAAUGACACUUGUGAAUUCUGAGGACACCAGUCUGCAGUUUGUGAUACAGUCACAACAAAACUCCCUGCAGGCAGUGGAGUUGUCUCAGAAGGAGUACCUAUUAGUAUUUAGUGUUUCUGGCAUAUAUGUAGACAACAAUGGUAGAAGAAGUAGAGCCCAGGAACUCAUGUGGCCAGCUCCUCCAACAGCAGUUGCGUACAGUGAUCCCUACCUCAUGUGCUAUUCAGAAAAUGCCAUAUUUGUGUUCGAUGUUCAUUCGGCAGAGUGGAUACAGACUAUGUGCUUGAAAAAGACAAAGCCCCUGAACAGGGAUGGCUCUCUGAACCUGAUGAAUAUGAUGGACUCCCAACACAUCAUCCACUUCAAGAACGUCCACCAGGAAGAAGAAAGGCUGGCCAUCAAGGAAAUCUUCAAAAACAGGAGUGUCAACAGGAACAAGAGACGGUUCUCUUUCAAGACGAGAGAAGAUCACGACCGAGGCUCUAAAGGGCCCGAGCGGCGCUCUCGUGAAAUUUCCGCACCAAUAUCAUUCAGCCAUGUAGCCCACAUGGGUCCAGAUCAGGUCUUUCCUUCAAGCAUACCAAUACCAGUAACCCACGGCCAGUCUGAGAGAAAAUCAAGAAUAAUCUCCGGUCCAACCAACUUUACCCAUGUGGCUCAUAUGGGUACAAACAUGGACAUGAAAUCACUCAUCGAUCUCCCCAAGCCGGUGGGAUCAUCUGCCCCUCCCCCUGUAGAUAGACCGCCCCCUGACACUACCAUACAGAGGGUGCGAAACAUCUUCCAACCUAGUAUGAAGUCGGUGCAGGAGGCUCAGCUGAGAGGUGCCCGGUCACAACCCAACGGUAGGUCCAACGGCAGUGCGAGGCGUGAAUCGCCGUCCAAAGUGGGGGGUGGAGCACGUCCUACGUCCUCCACCUCCUCCAUCUCUGAUAGUCCCGAGUUGUCAACCCACGACCAGUCUGCCUUCGCCGACGUCACCAGCAACAUGUUUGAGGAUGGGGAGGGGUUUGAGCGGCCACGUAUGCGCCUGUCUCUGGCCUCCACCAACAGUAACUUCAGUAGUCCCCCACACUCCACCAGUGGCAGUCUUUCCGAGGACCGAGACCCCGGCGACAAUGACCAGGACGUUGACUGUACUCGCCUCUGAUUGGCUGGAAGGUGACCCCAGAAAGAGGUCACCCGUGUGUCCCGCCCGAUGCAGCCCUGGCGGUUAUCUCGCCAUCACUGGUUACUUGCUUUAUGUAAUGUGUGGUCUCCUGUCCCAAGUGUUGACGACACGGAGCCGUCUCUGCUAUGUCUGUACUGACCUGGACAAAACCUGUUGGUAGGCUACAGUCUGUGGCAACUUGAUCACCACUCUCAUAUCAAACACAACGUCAAACCCAGCCGUGAACAUAAAUCAAGAAAUGCAGCAUUUUUUUUUCUUCUACAAAACAAAGCAAUGGGAUGCUUGCUUACUGCUGAUCAUUGAUAUAAUCGGUAUUAUUCCCGUAUAUAUUUAGUCCUAUCUAUUAACCUGUAGCAUGAGCACGGUGUCUACAACUCAAAAUCUAAAACUCUUUAUCCAUUGUACUUUGGAGUCGGCCAAUUUAAACCUUAUUUAAUCCUGAAAAAAUUAACAGAAAUAUGUAGGAAAAACACGUUUUGCAAUUUUAAAAGGCAAACUGAUUGUUUUUGUUUUAUUUUGUACAAUAUUAUUUAUCAUGGAACCUUUUUGAAUUCCUAAACCAUUUUCUUUUUUGGUGAAGAAAUAACAUAACCAUGUAUUUAUAUGAUGAUGACUAUCAUAAAUGGAUGCUUUAAAUUUACACUGCAAAUUCCUUUUCAAGGAGUGAUCUCUUAGUGUUACCCUUUGUAAGGAGUGAUCUCGGGUGUUACUUUUGGUUGUUCUACACAAUAUAUUACGCCUACAUAUUGCCGCCAUUACAGAUGAACCUGUCUCAUUCUGGUGUGAACAUUUACGUACCGAGGUGUGUAAUCGAGGUGAUGUGUGACACAUUACAGUCAGUUUGUAUCAUCACUGCCCCUUAACUCAUUCACCCCUGAAGACACAUUUGAACUCUUCCAAUUCAAAGGUUGGAAUAGUUCAUUAUAAAAUUUCAGGGGUGAAGGAGUUCAUAUUGUCUUCAUUUCAUUUGUGUCGAAACUUCACCACCUCUUGGUAUGUACAGCACAUCACAAUACACAAGUCAUAAAUGCGAAACAAGGUCGUACAUUUCAAAUAAGUUUACCUGCAUACCAUGCUCAUAAGGACUUGUAAUCAGGUUAGGAUAUUCGAAAUAUCUUGUAGGGUGUAUUGUUUUGUACAAUUUAAUGUCAAAGGUGGCAUUCUAUGAACAAAUCUGUAACUAAUGCAAGUCUAGAGUUUAUAUAUCCAUCAGACAAUAUAAAAUAUCAUGAUAUUUAGAAAAAAGAUUCAUUUACUAAACACCAGUUUUAAGUAACAAUACCAAUAUACUUAAUUAAUAAUAUAAUAAUCUCAAAGAAUAACAUUAUAAUAUGUAACAUUGAUAUAUUUAUAACUUCUUUAAACUUAAAUGGAAAAUGAUUUAUUUUUUUUGCCAUUUUUUCUUAAACAACGACUUGUAGCUAAAGGAUAACAUUGAUAUACAGGUAUUUAGACCAGGUUUGAUGUGAUGAAACAGUCUUUCAUUAUACCAACACAACAUGCCAUACCGGUGCUGUGUUUUUCUUUUUCAUCCUUCAGUACUAUUGAUAUGUAUGAAACAGACUGGCAACCUAUAUCCCACGAUGUUACAGGUUCAAUGUUUAACAAUUCUACUUGAGUUUUCAUGAAAACUUGUAAUUUUUGAAGUUUCUUGCAUUUGUAUUGCUCCACCAAAGGAAGACUGAAAGGUUGGUUUAAAUUUGACCAAUAUUUCAAAAAAUUGUUAAAGAAAAAAAAGAAAAGAAAAAAGCUUUACAAUGAAGGUCAGUUGAUCUAUAACGGAUAAAAAAAUGGCUUGACAAUAAAUUGCAAAUAAUGUUUAUUUUCCAUUUCAUGGAAUAAGAUCACAGAAAUUGAGACCCAUGAGAACACAGGACUUUAAUUAAGAUAGAUAAGAAUGUAGACUGAAAUAGAAUAGGGCGAAGUGUGUUGCACUCUUUAACACUGACCUUCCUUGUCAAGGGGUUGGUUAGCAACUUAUCAAUGCAUGAAAUCUUUAAAACUACUCUUUAAACAAAAUCUCCUAUCCAAACUGGUUGGCUGUUAUAAAGAGUGUGACUCUUAGUGCUUAUGCCCUUGUUCCCAAAAGAGUUAAAACAUGUCAUGCUUUAUAUAUAUAAAUAUAUAUAAAAUAUAUAUAUAUAUCAUACGACAAAUCCUGUUAGGAUAUUGUAUAGAUCUAAUGGCUUUAGUCGGUCACAUAGUAGCUUGUACAUAUAGAUGUAUUUAAAACACUAAACCAUGUUAAUAGCAACACAAUAUUCAGCCUUAUUCAUGUACAGUUGUAUAUUAAUGUAGCGUCAGUAAUGGAGUCCUGCAUAUAUAUAUAUAUGUAAAUGUUUUGUACAUAGUUAUCAGCUAUUGUUGACAAGUGAAUUUGCCAAAAACCCUAUGUUUUUCCUUUUUAAUUGAUCAAUGACUUUGGAGUGAAAUCGAGAUGAGCGGCGUGACCAGACACCCGGAGUUACUGCGAGAUCCUCUGUACCUGUUACACAUAAUUAUCGGUGUGCUUACGGUACGUUUGAUAACCGCGUUAUUGAGUUCAGUGCUGUGAGCGCUUUUCUUGCCGAGGGUCACCAUUUCCACACCCCUUACAAUCAGUGUAUGUUGUUUUUUGUAGACAGAUAUAAAUUGUAUAAUGUUGAAGUGACCAGAUUUGCAGACAUUCAUGUCAAAAGUGUUUUGCUACAUUAGUUGUACAAGACUUGAUUUGUGAUAGAAACAAAGUUUAAAUUUUAUGUAUUUGGUACCUGACCUACCGAUUUCACUAGGAGUUAUUUUUUUGGCAAUAUAAAAGAAAGCUAUUCGAAAGAGUUUUUUCCAGGAAAUCUGGCACGCUGGCAUACAAAGUCAACUUGGAGUAUAUGUUUAUAAUUGUGUUAUGCAGAAGACUUGUUGUUCCAAUAUGAUGUGUCUCUGUUGUUGGAAUCAAUUAAGCACAUUUUCAUGUCAUAUUGAUGUGUCACCAAUGAUAUACUGCCAAAAUAUGGGAGUUCCCAUCCAGCCAAUCAUUACUAUGUUAAGGGGGAAACACCAUGGGACCUACCUGUAUCUCGUGUAUCCAUUCACUUAGGUUUGUCAAGUCUUUCAUUUGUGGUAGAAGAUAAAACAUUAGCCAAAACUUGUUGAUUUGAACAUAUCUAAUUACGUGUUAUUUGAUUUGAUGACCUUAAAGGUCUGGUAAUUUUCUCGGAAAACACCUUGACAGUAGUUUCAUGUUGAUAUACACAUAUACCAGUAGCAAGAUGUUACAUGUUGUUAUACAUUAUCAUUCACAACUGAUUGUCACAAAUUAUGCCCAUGAAGGUGUCACAAUCCCUCUCGCAGUAACUCCUGGGUAGGGUUACUAGUGUGUGCACAGGAGUCUAGCAGUUAAUGCCUGAUGUGAGAGUGGUGUUUCUGCUGGAGAUCUUGCAAGUAAAUACCUGAUGUGAGAGUGGUGUUUCUGCUGGAGAUCUUAGCAGUAAAAACCUGAUGUGAGAGUGGUGUUUCUGCUGGAGAUCUUACAAGUAAAUACCUGAUGUGAGAGUGGUGUUUCUGCUGGAGAUCUUAGCAGUAAAUACCUGAUGUAAGAGUGGUGUUUCUGCUGGAGAUCUUAGCAGUAAAUACCUGAUGUGAGAGUGGUGUUUGCACUGAAGAUAAAUACCUGGUGUGUGUGUGAGAGAGAGAGGGAGAGGGAGAAAGAGAGAAAGAGAGAGAGAGUGUGUUUGGUGUUUCCACAAGGCAUGUUAAUUACAGUUAAUCCUUCAAUGUUUGAUGCAUGUCUCAUGACGAACAAAGACCAUGUUAUUUUUGUCUCCCAUAAUUUUUCUCAUAAACUUUCGUUGAAGUGAGCCGCUAUCAGGAUCACAAGCAUUUAAGGUUUUGAAUUGUACAUGUGAACAUUUCCAUAUAUUCAAGGGUGAUUCACAAAGUCCCCCAACACAAUGUGAUUCAUUUGAUGUUGUAUUACUUAGAAAAGAUGGAAUGAAGUAACUAUGAUUAUGCAAUAUGAAAUAUAAUACACACUGCUGUUGAAAAAAGCUGUGGUCACCAGUAAAAUUACCCAUACUUCCCUGAAAUUUUGAUUUUAAAUUUGUUAUUUUCACAAUAUUUGAAAUUAUAUUGACAAAGAGAAUUUCGCAAAAGACAAUAGAAUCAUGAUUCAACUUGAAAUUUAAAUGCAAGAUAUCUGACUGUUAGAUACCGUUAAUACGAUAAGGUCUGUGCAUCAUGAAGAAAAAGGCAGACUUGAUGGCAAAUCUGGUAGUUAUCUUGCAAUUUGCUAUACAUUUUAUAACCUGUUUUGGUUUGUGAAUGAUGAGAGAUUUUUUUAAUAUUUUACUUUCUCAGAAUUUUUUUAAUCCUUUUGAUUCCUUCAUUUUACCUAAAUGUUACGUUGAUAUUGAGUCAGUAUUAUGAAACAAGUGAUCGUUUGUUACUGUUAUUUUGUAUAGUAAAGCUUGAAGGUCUUUCAAAAACAUAAUCUUUGAAAAAUGUUGGAAGUAUCUUAAGAUAAUUUCAGGUUAUGAUAAGUAUGGUAUCUUUUUAGUUAAUUUUUUUUUUUCUUUUUUUUUUUCCAACAUGACUUACAGCAACACAAGGCAUUAUUAUAUUGAUCUUGUGUUUUAUAUUCCUGACAUUGUGAUGUGACAGGUAUUUAGCACUCGGUGCAAGGGGAGUAAUGGUAGUGGUAGAAUACAUUCCAUUUGACUUGGAAAUGCACACACAAAUCACACAAUUUUACAUCUACAUACUGCUACAUGUAUAAGUGAGUCUGAACAUCAGCAGUGCGAUGCGUGGCAAGUUCACUCAUGAAGAACUGCCUUUUAAUUAAUUGUUAAUUAAUGGAUGAUUAAUUGACUUGUGAUAUGGUUGAGGAGGAGACGAAGUCGCUUGUGCCUUUGGUUUGCUUGCUGAAUGUUUUGGUUGGCGUCCUGCCCGUUGAAGACUUGAUGAUAAUGUUAGUCGAGGUAUUUAUGUCCUUUUAGUGCGUAAACGGAGUUAAAUUCUUAAUUUUUACAUUUUUCGUGCUAACCUAAUACUUAAUCAGGAAAUUAAGAAUUUACUUCAAGAGCUGUCCUGUACAUGGUUAAUAUAUAGUUCUUGGGUCUACAGGAGGCCAGGGGUGUGACCUCAUACAUUUUGUGUAUCCUUGUCCACAUUCCACUAUGAAGUCUUUAACCUUCCAAAUAGAUUCAAAAUAUUCCUUUUCUUGAUUUGAACAAAUCUACAAACAGGUAAAAUGUAAUCUGUCGCAUGAUAGCAAAGAAGAAAAAUAAAGAUGACAAAUACAUCUAUUGAUUUCUUCAGCAGACAAAUGUCCUUAAAAUCUAGAUCUGUUUAAAUCAGUAGUUAAUAGGAAAUUAAGAAGCAGCUAACUAGGUUUAGGCAGGUGUCCCUGUGUUGUAGGCUAGAUUUGGGUAACAUCAGAUGGAGGACUACAGUGCUGUAGACUGACCGCGGGUAGAUAGAUGACCGACAGUGCUGUAGGCUAAUUGUUGAAAAACAGAUGGAAAUACUGUAGUCGGAAAGUGGUAAGAGAUACUUUGGUGCUGUAGGCCGACCCUGGGUACAUAGACUACAGUGUUGUAGGCAGACAGUGGGUAGAUAGACUACAGUACUGUAGGCAGACUCAAGGUAGAUAGACUACAGUGUUGUAGGCAGACUCUACGUAGAUAGACUACAGUUUUGUAGGUAAAUCGACUUAGGACGAGUUGUUAUGAAGCUGUCAAGCGAGGGGUCAAAAGUGAUACUUUACUAAUAGAAAAACAAAAGAAAACCUAAUUACUUAAAUUACUCUAUGAUUGUAAAUUUUUAUCUUGAAGAUUUUAAUUAUGCAAGAAUAUGAACUGAUUGAUGAGCACUAUUUGCAUAUCAUUUGUAUAUCUCCACGUUAGCUUUUAUUGUCAUUGUUUGAAUGUUAUUAUUUUUUUCAGGAAUCAAAACAUUUCUUCCACAGAAAUGAAGUAUAAACGUGCAAUGAUUUUUUCUCCCCUUAUUAUUAUUGUUAUUAUAGACAAAUGUGUUAACCUACCACACUAGUUGUAGCCUACAGUGUAAGGACUUGUAUCAUUGUAUCCCGUGUAUAGAGCCCGUUAUUUACCCCGUAUUACCACUGAGUUUUAUAAACUACGAUGUAUGUGUGAGUGUCGGUGUGCAUGUACAGUUUUGUAUGCAAUGUAGUGUUAUUAUUACUUUUUUUUGGUGAAAUCUUAAUUUGUUUUUUUGCCGAAAAUUUCUGUGCGGAUUUUAGGUGUGGGCAGCCACCUUGUAGAUACAGCCGAUGGUAUUUCGCUUUGGAGUUGUAUAGCCCAAGGAAGGUUUAUUAUUAUUAUUGCAAAGUUCCCACCACUAAUACAUACAGAUCUGUACGGAGAGCUUAGCCAAUUAUUACGAUUAUUAUUGUAUAGUUUUAUAACACAAAUCAGUAACAUGUAAGUGCAAGAAAUGGUAAAAUAAAACCGCAAAAAUAAUAAAAUUACAUAAAUUCUUC